AUGGCCAUUGGGAAUGUUGGUAGGGAGGUGGGUUGGAAGGUCCGAGGGAGGAAGUGGCAGAAGGAGGGGGGGUGUAGCAGUUGCGACGUGAGGGAGCAGGAGGAGCGGGUAGUGGUGAGUCAGUACAAGGCUGAAUUGGGGAAGGUGCAUUGGCCACCUCUGCUUGCUUCCGCUUGCUCCCCCCUCCACAUUUCCCAUCUGCUCGCCAUACCGCCCGCGCAGCACCCCCAUCUUCAACUCCCUUCUCUCUGCGCCCUCCAUCACUCACCCUCCCUCUCUGACCACCUGCAAAAGGCGUCUUCCGAACUUCAGGGGUCACAUUACAAGGAAGAACACACCCCUACUCCGUCUGCACCCUGUCCCUCAUCCCUCCCCUCGGUCCCCUUCUUGUCCGAGUCUUCAGGAGUGCCGGAGUCACAAAACCGCCGCAUGGUUUAUUACCCCCUUCUCCUCUCCCGCGCCCCUCUUCACCCCCCCACGCCUCUCCCAUCACACCACACGCCUCCUCCUCCUCACACUCUACCUCAUACUCCCCCUUCACCCACCUCUCCCUCCCUAGACGUCGCCUUCCCCUCAUCCCGAGGCCGUCCGUUCGCCCACGUUCUUACUCCCACGUUCGGCCCCGCGCUCGCCGCUGCGUUCGCCCCUCGAUCCAAGCCUUGCCGUGUUCCUCUCUUGGCACCUCGAGCGUCUGCGUUGCCUCUCCUCCCCCCAUUCUCGGUCCUCCCCGUCCUCUCCGCAAUCCCUCUCGCCUCCUUCGCACUCUCCUCCCUCGAUCCCUCUGUUGGCCCACCUGCCGCCGCAGCUCUCCCUAUACCCCCCGCACCCGCCGUAACCCUUGCCGGGCCCCGUCCAGACGAACCAGCAGCAGCACCACCCUUGCCAGCCGUACCUGCUGCUGCUGCUGCUGCUGCUCGUGGUACUGCCUCUGCGCCGGACUCUGCUCCUGUGCCCCCCACCAUUGAUGCACCUAGCGCUGAUGCUACAGCUUGCCCUAGCACCCCUCCACCCUCCUCCACACCCUCUGUCACGCCCUCUCGCCCCUUUCCUCUCCUAGUCCCUGCCCCUGCCCCGUCUUCGGGGCCGUUACAAGUUUCUCCCCCACUUCCUGCCUCCCUCGCAAUUUCCUUCCCUAUCCCUUCCCCGUUCCCAUCUCCUUCCAGUGGCCCGAUUCCCCUCCCUUUCCCUGUCGCUACAGCAGCUCCCGAGGCAGCAUCAGCGGAAACAGCAGCAGAUCUGCGCCUCCUCGUGGGCGGACUCCGCGCCAACAGCCCCGGGAGAAGCAGCUUUUCCACCUCUCUCUUUCGACUGCACCUCCGCACCUCCUUCUUCCGAUCCGUUUGCCGCCCCUCCUCAACUUGCCCUGCCUCAUCGCUUCCCUCCCUUGAUUCUCCGCACUGGCUUCCCUCUCCCCCCUCGGGGAAUGUCGCGACGAAAUCAUGUGGCCCGCUUCCCCUCCCUUUCCCUGUCGCUACAGCAGCUCCCAAGGCAGCAUCAGCGGCAACAGCAGCAGAUCUGCGCCUCCUUGUGGGCGGACUCCGCGCCAACAGCCCCGGGAGAAGCAGCUUUUCCGCCUCUCGCUUUCGACUACACCUCCGCACCUCCUUCUUCCGAUCCGUUUGCCGCCCCUCCUCAACUUGCCCUACCUCAUCGCUUCCCUCCCUUGAUUCUCCGCACUGGCUUCCCUCUCCCCCCUCGGGGAAUGUCGCGACUAAACCAUGGUGA